UCGAGCCAGUGCCGGAUCCUGGGCUGCCAGAGGGGCGCGGAGGCUGGGGGAGGGAGACRGCAGCAGCAUGGCGGCUGGGAGGGAGCCGCACAACCCACCUUUUCCCCACUGUCGCCGCCGCCGCCACAGGAGUCACUGCGACCCUCUAGUCUGCUUCUGUUAGUUGUGAGCCGCCGCCCAUCGGACAGCCCUACGCUCCACCGGCCCUCUUUCUUUUCGCCGCCACUGCCAGCCCGAGGGUCUGGCCGGCAGGGUAACUCAUCCUCCCACCCCACCCACCAGCCCGCGGGUCCGGACCAUGGAGGACGUGAAGCUGGAGUUCCCUUCCCUCCCACAGUGCAAAGAAGACGCCGAGGAGUGGACCUACCCUAUGAGACGAGAGAUGCAGGAAAUUUUACCUGGAUUAUUCUUAGGCCCAUAUUCUUCUGCUAUGAAAAGCAAGCUACCUAUACUACAGAAACAUGGAAUAACCCAUAUAAUUUGUAUACGACAAAAUAUUGAAGCAAACUUUAUUAAACCAAACUUUCAGCAAUUGUUUAGAUAUUUAGUCUUGGAUAUUGCAGAUAAUCCAGUUGAAAAUAUCAUACGUUUUUUCCCUAUGAGUAAGGAAUUUAUUGAUGGGAGCUUACAAACUGGAGGAAAAGUUCUUGUCCAUGGAAAUGCAGGGAUUUCCAGAAGUGCUGCCUUUGUUAUUGCAUAUAUUAUGGAAACAUUUGGAGUGAAAUACAGAGAUGCAUUUGCUUAUGUCCAAGAAAGAAGAUUUUGUAUUAAUCCAAAUGCUGGAUUUGUCCAUCAACUUCAGGAAUAUGAAGCCAUCUACCUAGCAAAAUUAACAAUACAGAUGAUGUCACCACUCCAGAUAGAAAGGUCGUUAUCUGUCCAUUCUGGUACCACAGGCAGUUUGAAAAGAACACAUGAGGAAGAAGAUGAUUUUGGAAACAUGCAAGUAGCAACUGCACAGAAUGGCUGACUGAAGACAAACACAAAGGGUGUGAAUUUCUAUUGGGAAAGGAGACAAUUCUAGAAAUAAUAAUAAUAAUGUAAAAUGGUAAGGACACAAGUAGUUUCUUUGCAAUUAUAUGUUGCUUCCAGACAUGUUUCUCUGCAACUUGUUGAGCAACAUUUUAAGAAGAUGUUGGACUUCUGCAAUAGAUGGCACUGAUGGUUUUACUUUUUUUUUUUGAAACACUUUAUAGUUUAUUAUAAACCAAGAACUUUGGACUUGCAAAGAGGUAUUAUUGCAAUAAUGCACUUUUUCAUACUUGAAAUUUAUUUGUAUGAUAUAAAGUUAUUACUUUAAACAAAAUGCAAGUUAGGGGGGAUUUGUUUAUAAAUUUUGGGUAAUUUAUAACAAGAAUUUCCUAAGGUUUGCUAAAAAUUCAUUUUGUGUUCUAUGUAUUACAUUUUUAAAAUAAUUUUACAGUUCAAUUUUAUGAUGGAGCCUCUUACAGAAACAUUAACAAAAUACAGGAAUCUGCCACAUUUUUUAUUAUAAUUCAGUUACUAUUUUAUUUUUUUAAAUUUCUUGAUUCUUUAUUAGUAUUCUUUCAAUCAUGACAUUAACCAAUUAUCUUUACUGUAAUUUAAAUUAAGUAAAUGCUUCCUUUCAUAAUUUGUAUAUUCUAUAGGAAGAAAAGGUUUUUAAUGAUCAAAGAAAGAUGUUUUGCUUUAUAUUACCAGAUACUCAAAAACAAGGAGAGUGUUCAAUUUUCAAGUGACUUUCUAUUUUGCUUUUUUCUUUUAAGCCAAAUAUUGUAUUUGUUCUUUUCAGAAUUGUCUAGCUCUUUUGACCUCUGUCCAAAAUGGUUCUAAAUAGAAUGUGAUAAACCGAUGUAGCACUAUUUUUUUUYCUAAAUGAAGCCCCCAAAAAGAAAGUGCCUUGAAUUAUUUUUUAAGAAAAUUAAAUUCUCAUGACCUCUAAGUUAGUAUGUAGAACACUGAAGAGUUCCUAACAUUUUUCUGUAWUUUUUUUUAAAUAUUUAAAAAUUAGCUUAAACUGAACGGGUGAGGCUUAAAGAAAAURUUACUAAAUUUUUKGAAAUAUGGAACAUUCACUGUUUUAUGUUGUAUUAAUGAUUCUGUGAGAUUAUUCUAGCUCAGACAGAAGGUCUUCUUGAAGAUGGAUUUAUUGGGGGAAAUGAUUUGUGGGUAGUUUUAGUGGUUCUUAAAUUAGUGAAUUAAUCAGUUCUUUGAGUUGAUCCAAAUUUCCCCCCAUAAUUUGCAUUAGCAGUCACUUUAUAAAUCUUUAGUUCUUCAUACUUUUAUUUAUAUGUACAAUAGUUGUUCUAAGAAAAACAUUUUUGCUAUCUUAAGUGUGAUGUGAGGGAAGUUUUUAACUUUUUAUAGUUGAUGACUUUAGGUGUAGCACAAACAAAACUUUGUAUCUCACUUUUCUCAGUCCUCUCUUGAGGUGCUUUACUGAUGGGAAUGAAAUCUCUGCAUUCCYAUAGUACCAAGGAGGUGUACUUUUCAAGGUAACUUAUUACACCAGGUUACUUACUUACUUUCCUCCCUAUGAUGUAAUAAUACAGAAGAAGAAAAAAAAAA